AUGAUCAGAAAGAUAUCAAAUUUAGUUUAUAAGCAGUAAAAGAUCUUAGCUAAUUCAUAUGUCUUAGCCAACCUGACAUAAUAAGUCUAAAUAACUUCUGCACAUAAAAAUUUAUGCCGAAUUCCUUACUACUCUUUUUGUCUUUCAAAGUAGUUGUCAGAAAUCAGCAAGAAUAUUUAUAAUAGAAAACAAAUAGAAUAUGAAGAUGUUCUAAACUUGUACACAAAAGAAAAUUUAGAAAAAUUGUCAUGGGAAUAAAUAGUUGAAAGUGUUGUAGUCAUUUCUUAGUACACUAAAGUUGUAGAGUCCCUAGACUUAGCACAUCACUCAUAAAUAAAACUAGGGUUGUAAAUAUUUUUGAAAGCUAUUGCUGAAAAAAAUUAUAAAAUACAAGAUUAUUUUGAGUUAAUCGCUUCAAACUACCGUGUAAUAAGUCAUAAAGAAUUUAGAAAAUAUAUUGAGCCAAUAUGGAAAUCUGUAGAAUCAUAAAUAGAUUCAUUAGACAUCAAUGAAGUAAUUAAGAUAGGAUACUUGUAUUUAGUGCCAUUCUUGACUGAAGAAAGCAAAUAAGAUGGAUUAAAUCCUCAUUUAGAUCUUAAUUUUUAAAUUCUUUCUAGAAACGCAUAAAAAUAUAAAUAAUAGCUCGAAAUACUUCAUCCAGAUUUAUCAGCAUAUUUCUGUGUUCUUCUAAAGUUUGCUUUUUUACAUGCUAAAGACUAAAAACUACAAAUGAGUGAAGACUUAGAACAGCUAAUUAAUCUUUUGACUGAGAAAAUUACAGAGGACAUCAACUAUUACUGCCCUUAAAAAUUGUAUCAAAUAAUGGAUCAUGUUAUAUUUUUGUCUGGAUCAGAAUAUUUUGAAUAAGUAUGCAUCUACUUUGAAAAAAGAUUAAUUGAGUAAGAUAAAGAAAUCUAAAAAUAGAUAGAAAGUAAAAAUUCUACUGAUAAAAAAGAUGUAAUUGAUUUUUCAAAGGAUGUAGAAAAUAGAUAACCCUUGUACAUGAAUUAAUGGCUUGAUAUGUGCCUUGAUGUUUACAAUUAAGGAAGAUAAAACUUAGAAUUAUAUGAAUACGCUCUAUAAAAACUUAAAGACUUGUCAGAAAGUGAUAUGAUCUCUUUGAAGAGGGAUUAUAUCCCUUAAAUUUUCUUUAUUUUUUCGAAAUCUAAAUGCUUAGAUGCUCACAUUCUUGAAAAAUACAAACAAUAUUUGCUUAGUUAUCUUCCUAACUAUAAUUAAGAAUAAAUUGCCAAGAUUUACUUUGCUUAUUCUUACUCUGAUGCUCUUGAUAAACUUACUUUUGAAAACAUAUUAUAUUACUUUGAAACAAAUCCUUUGGAUUUAAAUAGUUUAGGAAUAAUUUUCUUCACUUUGGCGACUAAAAGUGAUGAUGAAUUUUCAGAUAGAAUUAUGGACUUACUGCGCGAAGAAAAAAUAAUUUAUGUUUUACAAGCAGAUGAAUAGAAUUGCGACUCACAAUUUUUGUUGAGUUUCCUUUAUUUCAUAAUUAAAAAGAGCCAACUUGAAAAUUAGAUUUAUUAAAGCUAUAUUUUAGAGAAAUUAAAACAUUAGAAAGGGUCUUCAGAAGAAAUAUAAACUCUACUGGUCAAUAUUUUAAAAAUUUUAAAUGAAAAUGUUAUUGAAGUAAAAGAAAAUCUCCAUCAAGACUUCAAAGAUUAUAUUUUAAAAACUUAUGAAGAAAAUAAAGGUGAGAUGCAUGAGGAUGUUUCUUAACUUUUGCAACAAUAUUUUACAUCUUUAGGUUUAAAUCCAAAAUGA